GUGAAUCUCUUUCCGUCCUCUUUAAACCUCCGUCAGCCGUGUGUUUUAGCCAUAGCGGAGUUUAACUACGGUUUUAUUUUCAUUUUCAGGAGAACGUCUUAAAGCAUUAUGUCCUUCAACAACAUGGCAGACCCACGGAGGCAAAAUAAGAUAUUAAGGUACAAGGCCCCCAGCACCGAGACCAACCCCACACUAGAAGACCCCACACCUGAUUACAUGAACCUGCUCGGCAUGAUCUUCAGCAUGUGUGGACUGAUGCUCAAGUUGAAGUGGUGCGCCUGGAUUGCCGUCUACUGCUCCUUCAUCAGUUUUGCAAAUUCCAGGAGCUCAGAGGACACGAAACAGAUGAUGAGCAGCUUCAUGCUCUCCAUCUCAGCGGUUGUCAUGUCCUACCUCCAGAACCCACAGCCUAUGUCACCGCCGUGGUGAACAGAGAUGCAGCACAGAAGUACGAGCGUCAAGACGGUGGGUCCAACCCCUCAGGCCAUUGACGGGGAAUGGACAGACUGAGUGGAAAAUAAUUGAAUAGAAAGACAUAAAGAAAGGAAACAGAUGGACAGUAAGACAGACACUACGUCAACGUGGACUCUGCUAACUACUUUUGACGAUAAUUCUAUUUUUAACCUGUUCAUGGUCUUCUCACUUAUGGAAAAGAACUUUAAUGCUUAGAAAACUUUUGGGAUGUUUCAAUAAAAGAUGUACAAUUUUGAAACAAA